AUCCCACUACGCCAAAGUCAUUUCACAUGUGUUUUUGCGCUCUCUCUAAAGACUUUUUUGUGGAAAAAAUGAAAGGAAAAAGCAAUAAAUACCAAUUAUUCGACUUCGUCGUAUGCAAGAUAAUCGUCAUCGUCGUCGUAGUAGUUUUUGUGAGAAGAGGUUGAAUGUGUGUAAAAAUCAAGUGCCGCCCGUCAAAAGAAAAAAAUAAGGAAAACUAAGAAGUUAAAAAUUCUAAUUAUUCACAACUUCUUGACAACAAGCAAUACAUUAUUGUCUGUUGAAGAUCGAAUUUUUUGUGUCGGGAAAAAUGAGCUCAAUUAUUGUGCUAGAUUCGUCCGACGAGGAUGAGAGCCCACCUAAAAAGCCAAAUUUAAAAACUUCAACCGACUUUUCCGUAUCUUUGAAGACCCAAGUAAAGAAUUCGAAACAAAGAGCUAUUCCAAGUGGGAUAACAGUCACACAGCGUCAAAACCCCCAGGUACAAGGUUCCAAUGUUCCAAGCAGUCCAAUAAGUCAGUAUACAUCAGCUCCUAACAUCAAUCAUGCUAUUACAAGUAUCAUUAAUGAUGAGCGGCAAACACCGACUCCACCAAAAUUGGUGCAAGGAAGCAGUCUGGCUGCCCAAAUUACUAGAAAACGAAAGACACCUACACCUCCGCAGGCUAUGUCUCGAAUGACUUCAAAAUCAUUCGCCAACAACAUGAGCAUCACAAACAUAAUGUCUCCGGCUGCUGCUGCGACAACUAUGGCCCCAUUACCACCUAUUAUGCCAAUGAUCGCCGGCGUCCACUCGGCGGCUGGAGCUACAACAUUGCCACACAAUCUAGGAGCAUUUACAGGAUUGAACGAUCAGAUGAUUAUGAAUCCUAUUUUUCAUCCAAGUUUGCCACCUAAUACGACCAUUACCGCUCAUUCUAAUCUAAAUCAUAAUAAUUUAAAUAAUAAUUUCAAAAUACAUUUGCCUCCAAAGCCUGUGACGACGCCCUCGCCAGCCGCAUCUCCGUCUGCGCCGAAAACGCCUUCUCCUUCUCAAAUUGUUGGCCCCUCCACACAAAGGCGAGCGGACAAACUGUCCAAACGGGCAAAACUAACGACCGUUUUGAAGUCAACUGACGAGGCUUGGCAGCAACAAAGAAAUAAAAUUCAAUUAUCAACAGAUAAACACAAUGACGAUGUAGUGGAACUAACCAUGCUUUCACCCACGUCACUGUCCCGGCAGCAAACAUCACCAAAAUCAUACAAAUCGCCAACAUCUUCAACUACAACAACAUCCAAUGAUGUUUUGGAUUUAACAGAUAGUCCAGAUAGGAAUUCAGCAUCGACUGUAAUUAAUUUAACUGAUACAAUGCCCAGCACAAAUUCGUCUGACAAAAAACAACUUAAUGGUGAAGAUGGAACAAUAUCAAAGGAACACAAGAACAAAGGGAUGGAUGCCAAGCCUCCAUCAAGAGCCCCCCUAGAACCUGAAUACGCUGAGCUUAUAAAGGCCUGCCGAGAGGCAGAUCGUUCAGAUGACAUGGAAAAACUCAUAAAAACGAAACUCAUCAAGUACUACUAUGAAGUUCAUGAAGAUUUUGUUAAGUCCAAAAGUUUUCGAAAGAACAUACGAAAGGUUGUGGAGACGAUACGAGCUGAACCAGAUUUAGUUUACUAUAAUUUAAAGACUAUUGUUGAAGAACUUAAGGCGAGACGAAAGGCUAAAAUAGUAGAGUCACCCGCGCAUGAAAAAACAGAAGAGAAACCGCCUGCUGCAGAGGACACAACAUCAUCUCCUUUGCCAUCUACAUCGUCUGCUAGCAAUACCCAAGUAGCAACACCAUCAAAUGUCUCAACGGGGAAUAAAAAAUUAGAUGAACAAAUCAAAAAGUUAAACAAGGCGUUAUACGUUUUAACCAAGCGAAUCGAAGUACUCGAAGAAACCGCCGUGGAUUGGGACGAUGACGACUCAAGCUUUUUACAAGUCGAACGUUUCAAAAAGAGAGCUUGUCAGAUUUAUGAGAAAAUUUGCGAUCUCACUGGUGAGAGCAAAAAUGCUCGCAGAUUAGUAAAGAAACCCAUUAAAUUCAAUGAAACUCGCAUACCACAGUUCAACAAAACACUGCAAGCUUUUAUAAAUCGCACAAAGGAGUUUCCUGAUUAUUUCGAUGUACUAAGAAUGUUAGAGCACUGCAAUAAAACAUACAAUCUGGGAUUAGUAAACUUUGAGAUGAAAAAUAUUGCGGAAGACGCAUUCAUUAAGGUGGGUAAACUUCUACAAUCACGACGCAAAGCUGAGUUAUAUGAAACGGUCACACAUUAUGGCGGAAAUUCUAAAGAUCCGGCACUAGUCGAUCCAGCGCUAGCAGCAAAAUUGAGUGAAAAUCAGAAAAACCAUAAGAAAAUAAGUGAAAUAUUGGAGAAGUAUGCACGCAAACAAGACAUGCCCGACGAGGACGAAGAAGAGAAUAAGGCUGAUAAUAAAGAAAAAAGCGGGGAAAGGGAGGAGUCUUUGACAAAUGAUUCAAAUGAACAAGAUUCCGAAGAUGUGUCACAAACAACGGGAAAAGAUGCCCUUAAUGAUCCUAAACCAAAAAUCGAUGAAAUUAGAGAGGAGGGAGAUGGUUGUAAAACAGAAGAGACUACAGUAGUAGAAAGUGAAUACGAUGAUGAAGAUGAAGACGAAGACGAUGAGGAAGAAGUCAAUCUUGAAGACCAAGUAGAAACUUUAGCGAAUGGUGAAAUAUCUGAAAACGAAUCAGACAAUGAAAAUAAUGACAGCAUAAUAAAUAAAGAUUCCCCUGUUGUUCGCUCAAUACUAAACGAAAAGAACGAUUCGGUGAAGUCUUCAGAAGGCCCAGCGGAUAAAGACAGUUUGACUUUUCAGCAAGACAUUACGAUAAGCGUUAAUACAAAUUUAUUUCAAAGUGUGAAAGUAAACAAUAACAAUUUAGAGAAUACAGAACUGAAGACUGCCACGAAUUCAAACGCGAUAACGUGUGUAACUCCGCCCAACGGUAAGCUCAAGGAAUUGGAUAAACAUGUAAUUUGUGCUAGCACCAGCCCAUCAACCACCACUGCUACUGCUGACUUUAAGAUCGUAUCUGUUUCUAGUCUAGAUGAAGAAAUUUUGUCAUUUAAAAACAGUGAGUGUACUAGCAAAGUGUCUACAGACGGAGCUGCUCCAAAGGCUUUGGAUGAGAUUGUAAUAUCCGAUGAGGAAUCAUAGUGUUUACUGGAUUUAAGUUUACCAAAAUUAUUAUAAUCACUUAUUUACAAAUUAUAUUUUCUAUAUCGUUUUUGCAACUUAAAAUUGAUAACUGUAUAUACAUACUUGUUUAAAUUAAAUAUUGUGUUCUUACAUAUUAAUAUCUUUUCUGUUGUUCUGUACAUAUUCCUAUUGUUUUAUUUCAGUAAUCUAUAUAUAAGAGUGCUUAAUUUAAGAGGUAUAUACAUGUAUUUUAUCAAGAACUGUAAAUAGUAUUAGCAUAUGUUAUAACCAAUGAAGUCUUACACAUUAAGAGCCAUUCAAAGCAGAUAUUUUGUAUUGUUUUGUGCAUAAGCAACAAAAGAAAUUCUUAGUUUAAACUGACAAUUAUGUCAGCUAAUGGAUAUAAAUAAAAUUUAUAUUUUCUAAACAUUUCAUCAUCGUCAAAAA